GGAAGAGGUGUGAGCAGCACCGGCAUCUGAUUGUCGCUCUCCCGGGACUAGCCCUUGUAUAAGCAUGAUACCUGAUGAAACGCCACUGUUUGAUCCUCGUCUACUGGAGGAACUUGACUGGAGCCAAAAUAUGGUGUCAUUUCAUCCCGCUAUUUCUCCUGUGUGUCCUGGGGAUGGACUCAUUCUGCGACCUCUUUGUACAGCCGAUUAUAAUAGAGGGUUUUACCAGGUACUUGGCCAACUGACAAAAGUAGGGGAUGUUUCUUCAGAGCAGUUCAUCAAAAAAUUUGACCACAUGAAGAGAAGCGGUGAUUACUUUGUAACUGUAGUAGAAGAUUUAAAUCUUGGCCAGAUCGUAGCUACAGCCACUCUUAUUGUGGAACAUAAAUUUAUACGUGGAUGUGCAAAGAGAGGGCGCAUAGAAGAGGUUGUUGUCAGUGAUGAAUGCAGAGGAAAACAACUUGGCAAAUUGUUACUCUCUGUGCUGACACUGUUGAGCAAGAAACUAGACUGCUAUAAAGUGACUUUGGAGUGCAAGCCCAAAAAUGUUGCUUUCUAUGAAAAAUUUGGUUACGCUGCAUCAGAUGAGACCUACAUGCAGAGCAGAUUCUGUGAUUAACCUCGCUGAAAAGUGCGACCCCCCCUCCAAGCAGGACUCCUGUGACGCUAGUAACAUUUGAUGUAACAUAAAAUCUGUAAAUAAUUCUUGCAAUUUUACUUUUGUUUUUUUAAAGCGUAAUUUGUUAAUUGACUGUCCUUUAUUGUAAAUCUCAAAAUAUUUAAAGGGGUGGUUCUCUUCACUUAUUGUUUUUCUUGUAUUUUGUUUUUUUUUUAAAAAAAAAA